AUGACGCCUGCACAGAUUGCUGGGCUGUCAGUUGCUGCAGUGGCAGCGUUUGUCUUGGCUAUCGGGCUCAUGGCCUUGAGCGUGUGGCUAAGAAGACGGAAGGAGCAGCGAAACACUAUGCUUAUCGAUGACAAGGGCCGGGGACAGCAGGACAAGGCGUUUUCGACACGGUUCUCGCAUUACGUUCCCGUACAAGGCAACUCUGACUCUGCAACGCAACUUCCACCCAUACCUGCACCGGCACUCGUUCAGGGGAGACGCCAGAAAGGAGUCCGCCCAGUGCAGCGGCUUGGAGUAGGAACUUCCAACAGCUCAUCCAACUCUUCAUUGCCAUUGGAUCAAAUAGGCGUGGCUAUAAGCGCAGAGCUGGAUGGAAAUCCUCUAGCUCCAAAGAAACCAGCACCGGCUGCGAUCCAAAAGACAAUUCCGGGUAAUAACCAGCCACAGGCCAGCAACGUCAUACGCCCCAUCAGUUCAAUGACAGAAGAGACUGUUUUUGAAGAGGAUGAACCAGGCUCGCAUCGCAGAUCCUCGAUGAUGCCGCCAACGCCUCAAGUUCCAGUCCUACCUAUCCGCUCAUUGCAACCCGCUAGGACAGCACCGUAUCCCAACAACAGCAACGCUCGUAGGAAUAGCCGAAACUCUGAGUUGUUUCUAGAAAUUCCGCCCAACAAGGGCGGACAGCAAUCGAAACGGAUGGUUGUUGCAGAACUGCCUGGGAACAGUGCGCCACAACCUCGUCCGCAGCCCGCGACACGCCCACGUCUCGCAUCGCCUUUCCAGCAGCCAUCCACAGCUACGUCAUAUCAGUCCAAAGCUACAACCGCAAGCUCGCGCGAAGACAGCACCUCGGGAGAUAUCAUUGACUAUUACUUUUCCAAUCAUCGAAGCCGUGAGGCGCCUAAGGCUAGCCCUACGCGCAUUAUUCGGCCUAAAGAGUCACCCAAAACAGUCGAGAUCAGGCCAAAGAAGUCGUCUAGUACGCUUUCUCGGACUUGGACGAACCAGCGUGAUUCGUUGUCUAGCCAGACGUCUUUUGAAACAGUCGAUGCCAACGAUCCGACGCCUGAAGACGAAGACGACCAGAAACAGCUUUCCGACGACAGCAAUGUACCGCAACUGUCACCGGUCGCGGAAUCUCCAAUUUCCAAUUUACGGUAUCCAAAGGUGCCGCGAGCCUCGAAUCAACUAGUAUCACGGAGCCCACAACAACACAGGUACCAGAGUCCACACCGGGUCCCGAGUGCAUCGUCACUUCUUCAUAAACGCAACAACACUCUUCCCCCGCUUCUUCUUGAAUCGCGGCCCCGACUUGAGAGCCCACAUCGUGACCCGUUCACAUCGCCGCCCCGCCGUGUCGUCAGCCCACCUCGUAACAACGGCCGCUCUCAUGUGCGUAGCAUCAGCGCCGAGUCAUGGAACAUGACACCCGCCUCUAAGAAUAGCAUUGAUAGAAAAAGCCGUGUGCAGAGCGGGGCGUGGGGUAAGAGCCCGGUCAUGUACGAGGAACAGGCUGUGAGGCCGCUAAAUGUGAGGAGGAAAAGAGAGGAUAUGACGGAAGUGAAUAUUGGAAGAGACGUCAAUGUUGACUUUGACGUAGACGGACUUAAGAGUCCUAUCUGGGUUCCAAGACUGACACCGAGGAAGAAGGGUGAAGACCUGUUUCUAGAGGUUGGGUGGGGAGAUGGUGUGCGAAGGUGA